AUGGUCCAAAAAAAUAAAUCCCACAGAGCCCCGCUCCCAGAUUCCCGCAAAAUAACAAUCCCGCGAUUAAUCCUCCGCAUCCUGCAAAUCCUGAUCUCCCUAGCGGCAUCAGGAAUCUACGGCCGGGACCUUCAAUCCGCGACAAAGAAUGGCGAGCGCGCUGACUCUCGCUGGGUCUUCGCGGAGGUGGUCGUGGGUGUUAGUAUCGUGCUAGCCGUGGUCUACAUCCUGCCGUUCGUGAGGAGUUUUAGGACCUUCUAUUUGGAUGGGAUUGUCUUUCUCUUCUGGGUUAUUUUGUUGGGCAUCUUUGGGAUGUUGUUUGGCAGGGUUGACUGUCGUGGGGAUGGGGAUUGUCGGAGGAUGAAAGGUGGGAUUUGGGUGGACGUUGUGGGGGUCUUGUUGUGGUUUGCUACGUUUGUUGGUGGUGGGGUCAUGUGGUGGAAGGACAGGCAUGGUAGGAGCAUUUACACUGGGAGGGGCAGUGUGGCCUAAGGGCGAGGAAAUCCAAAGGAUAUGAAAGUAUCGUAGAGAGAGGGGGGUUGGUGGGCUAGGUUUGGAUUUGAGAUCGCUGGUCGAGGAUAGUUGAUCGAUUGACGGAAGAAAAAAAGGCCAAUGGAUGGAUGGACGAAUGGACGAAUGGAUGGGUAACCUGGAGUACUGGCGCAUUCACUAUUAUUUUAUUUUUCCGUUUUCAGGGUGUUGGGGAUGCGGGGAUUCGCUGUAUUAUAAUAUGAUAUCCCUUGAAGGGAGGGGAAAAAAAAAAUUCCCGGUUUGGAUUGCAUUAACCCGAAUAUUUUUAAUGACAAAAAACCGAUAACAAAA